UACGCGAAGGAGUCGAGUGUUUUGUACGCGCAGACCAAAAAAAAAAAAAAAAAAACACCGGCACAGUUUCUUGAUUCCAAGCACAAACGAAAUAGCUUGAAGACAAAACUUGUUCCAUCCAUUUCUUUACUUCGAGACAAGGGGAGAACACUCAGUGCUUUUUACGACUCUUUCUGCAUUGGGAUUACAGAGGAACGUGUGUUUAGAAAGUUGUAUUGUUAGAAGCACGGUGGAUACGUUGUAAGCUAUGCACUGGAAGUUAAAGUGUAACUGAUGUAGUAAUAACGUGCUUGUAAUUCUGUUGAGGUUUAUUUCAUGUGUUCGCCAUGGGAACAUAGAUCUACACUGUUUGUUUUUCAUAUUAGUGCUUAGUGUUAUCUGAUGUUCAAAAUUCUUUAGACUUAGUUUCCCCCGUUCGGACUCAUGAUGAACAAAGUGGCUAUCUCCUUCCAGUUUUGUUGUCUCCGUUGGCUGUAGAAAAUGGCCUCACUGUGCCUGAUGCACCAGAAAUGCAGAUGUGCUAUGCAGACUCCACGUGGAGUCAGCUGGCACGCUCGUGUAGCCUCGCACCUAGUUGUGCUCAUCUUUCUUCUCAGCGGCGCACGCUCUUCAGAACACGUCCGGACAUGUGAGCCGAUCAGAUCCACUAUGUGCAAGGGCUUGGGUUACAAUGUCACUGGCAUGCCGAAUCUGGUGGAGCACACAGACCAGGAAGAUGCCAUCCUUCUUCUGCAGACCUUUACCCCGCUCAUCCAGUACGGCUGCUCGAGUCGGCUCAAGUUUUUCCUCUGUUCGGUUUACUUCCCCAUGUGCACAGAGAAAGUCAUGAUGCCCAUCGGUCCUUGCAAACCACUGUGCGAGAGCGUUCGGGACAGGUGCCAGCCAGUGCUGCGAAAUUUCGGUUACCCGUGGCCCGAAGCUUUGAAUUGCUCCAAGUUCCCCGCCGCCAACAACCACGAGCACAUGUGCAUGGAGGGACCUAAAGAUGUGGAAGAUCCAGAUCCUCCAAUACGUCGCUUAAACACGGCCGAUUUCGGUCCAGAUUCUGCAACAAAAUCAAAUCCCAACUAUUCUGGAAAUCCAUCCCUUGGCAGCAAGACUUCGUCUCUCGCUAACUACGAGCCGUGUCGCCAGCUCGGAUACAGAAAUCCCUCAAAAUACACAUUCAUCAACAGAACUCAACGCUGCGCCAUGUUGUGUAAAGAGAACCUCGCUUUCACAGACGACAACAAAUACUUCGCCAACAUUUGGAUAGCUAUCUGGGCAGGAUUGUGCUUCACAUCCACACUUUUUACUAUUCUGACGUUUUUAAUAGACUCGCAGCGGUUCCGUUAUCCCGAAAGGCCAAUUAUCUUAAUGGCCAUGUGCUACAACAUCUACAGUAUUGCCUACAUAGUUCGAUUGAUUGCAGGUAGGGACGAUAUUGCUUGCGACAACGACAGUCAGAGCAAUCAAAGUAUUCUAAUCCAAGAAGGCUUGGAGAACACCGACUGCGCCAUCGUCUUCUUGCUGCUUUAUUUCUUCGGCACAGCCAGUGCUUUGUGGUGGGUCAUACUGACAUUCACUUGGUUCCUAGCUGCCGGACUCAAGUGGACACACGAAGCCAUUCAGGUUCACAGCAGUUAUUUCCACUUGGUGGCCUGGGCGAUACCGGCCAUCAAAACCAUCGUGAUUCUGGUCAUGAGAGACGUAGACGCCGACGAACUCACCGGGAUUUGUUUCGUAGGCAACCAGAACACCAGGACACUGUUGGGCUUCGCCAUUGCCCCUCACAUUGUCUACCUCGUCAUCGGAGUUUCUUUUCUGGUGGCCGCCUUCGUGUCUUUGUACUUGACAGCCAAGAAAUCUGCAGAUAAAACUGAGGGGGGCUCAGGAGGAGGAGGAGGAGGGGUUGUAGCCGGAAGAGAAGACAAAAUCGAAGCCUUGAUGGUCAGAAUUGGAAUAUUUUCAGUGCUCUACACCGUCCCAGCAGCUUGCGUCAUAGGAUGUCUGCUGUACGAGUUCUUCGCCAGGAGCUCCUGGUACGCCAUGGGCUCCCCUGCCGCCCCUAACGUGGAAAUCUUCAUGCUCAAACUGUUCAUGUCCCUAGUGGUAGGGAUCACCAGUGGGCUGUGGGUGUGGUCCACCAGGACGUUAGGCUCCUGGAGGACACAGGUGAAGAAAGUAUUCCAGACGCGAAGGAACAGAAAGGGCCUCGAGUACGUUGUGCCCGUGCACCAGUACCAUCAGGUGCCAGCCAAGACUUCAUCCUCCAGGGCUAUCAGAUCGGAUAAAUCCAAACGCGGGAAAUCGGACAGUGAGACCAUUGUAUAAUCAUGUAAGUUUGGGAACAUUAUAUCCAUACAUACUUGUUUGUAAAUAAGAACAAAUGGAGUGUAAGGUAAGAAAGCAGAAGUAUGUAAGUUUGAGUGGAGAUGUAUCAAAGGAAAUGUAUUAAAAAUGUACUUAAAACAUGAACAAAUAUCAGCCGCUCUGGUUGGUUGGGGGAAAAUAAGUUUAUGGUUUGAUACUGAUUUAGAGUUUUGGAAAUAGGUAUUUUUUUGGGGGGGGGGGGGGGAUUAAGAGUUUUAACGAGUCGUUUGGUUUGGGAAAAUUAGUUCACGAUUUUAUGGGGAUUUAGAGUUUGGGAAAUAAGUUCAUGGUUUUAUGGGGUUGUUAGGCAGGUUCACUCAUUCACCAAUCGUAAACAAACAACAUUUAGCCACGUGAUUCUCUAUCUCUUCUAUACAAAUUACGUAAUCCAUAAAGACUGUCACGUGAUACGCUUUUUUUUUCAUUGUUUUAUCAAUAUUAUCACGUGGCUAAAUGUUUGUUUACGAUUGGUGAGUGAGGUCCAUUGAACAUAUAGUCUAGGAGGUAUGACUGAGGAAACAGUGCUGAAGUCUAAUCAUGAGAUGUAUAUUUAUUUCUACAUGCAUUUAAAACCAAAUCAGGGAAUUGUUUAUAAGUAUGUUCAUAAUUAAGAUUUUUUAAUAUUAUUUUUUUGUUGUUUGUUUAGCUUCGUAUUAUUGACUAGAUUGCAAUUGUAAAGGCUUCCAUUUAUAAGUUAGCCUAACAUCAGAUAUAAAUCUAUCUUUUAGAUUUCUGUCUAUUCCACACACAGUAAUGAGCGCACAGCCAACACCACACAUAGGCCUAGGUAGAGAAUGCAAACCCUACAAGAGGCUCAUUCCAUGCUCUGACAAAACGUUUCACCUACAAACUGGAACGCCAACGUGUAUCACAUUGAGACAUAAAUCACAGCUAGUGCUACAAGCGUAGCUCGUCUCCCUCGAAAUAGAAACACACACCAACGUCAUAGAAUGUAUAUUUACUUAGACAUACACACGCACACAUUAUGCACAUACAUACAUAGGAACACACACAAACACGUUCUAAUACAGUCCCGACUGACAGAAAUAUAAAAAUAACCUGGCCGUAACGGCCACUUUUCCCCUUGUAAAUUACGUAUUGUAGUUUUGACUGAAGCCACUUGAGCGCCAAGCCGAAUCAAGUUUUUACGACUGCCCCACUACACAGUUAUGCACUUGCGUGCACUCGUUAGAAUCUUUCCCCCCCCCCCCCUUCUGCUCCGUUCUAAGAAUGGACUAGGCGCUGUGCGUGUGUGUGUUCAAGUCUGUAGUAAGAUUUAUUGCCGGUUAGAAGUAAAGUACUCGGGAGACACACCUGUCUUUACUAGUGCUACCAGAAGAGCUCCUGGUCUGUCGGACCGACCAGGCUUUAAGUCAUAGUAUCUAGAGCUAGAUAUAUGUUGGGAAAGAGGGGGAGGGGAACACCAAGAAAGCAACAAGGGAUUCCUUUGGUUGGGGGCAGGGGAGGAUUGUUUGGGCUAGCAGUUUAUCAGACCCUAAGACAUACCAUUAUCACACUAGCGCAGUGUGUCAGAUUUCUGUAGCUUUAAAUCUCUUUCGUAGUCAGGGUCCCGUCGUUUGUAUUAAUGGAUUGUAAAUAUACAGCUUUUAGACAUUUCUGUAGUUGGCCGUGUUUGUAGACUGGCCGUGUUUAUAGAUUAUGUUAUUCUGGACUAGUUGGCCGUGUUUGUAGACAUUAUAGGUCUUCUGGACUGGGUAUUUGACCGUGUUUGUAGUCUUGUUUUGUUGUACUGGACUGGGCAAUUGUCCCCAUUCUGUAGACAUACUGAGACUGAGCAGUUGCCUCAUUCUGUAGACAUACUGAGACUGAGCAGUUGCCUCAUUCUGUAGACAUACUGAGACUGAGCAGUUGCCUCAUUCUGUAGACAUACUGAGACUGAGCAGUUGCCUCAUUCUGUAGACAUACUGAGACUGAGCAGUUGCCUCAUUCUGUAGACAUACUGAGACUGAGCAGUUGCCUCAUUCUGUAGACAUACUGAGACUGAGCAGUUGCCUCAUUCUGUAGACAUACUGAGACUGAGCAGUUGCCUCAUUCUGUAGACAUACUGAGACUGAGCAGUUGCCUCAUUCUGUAGACAUACUGAGACUGAGCAGUUGCCUCAUUCUGUAGACAUACUGAGACUGAGCAGUUGCCUCAUUCUGUAGACAUACUGAGACUGAGCAGUUGCCUCAUUCUGUAGACAUACUGAGACUGAGCAGUUGCCUCAUUCUGUAGACAUACUGAGACUGAGCAGUUGCCUCAUUCUGUAGACAUACUGAGACUGAGCAGUUGCCUCAUUCUGUAGACAUACUGAGACUGAGUAGUUGCCUCAUUCUGUAGACAUACUGAGACUGAGUAGUUGCCUCAUUCUGUAGACAUACUGAGACUGAGCAGUUGCCUCAUUCUGUAGACAUACUGAGACUGAGUAGUUGCCUCAUUCUGUAGACAUACUGAGACUGAGUAGUUGCCUCAUUCUGUAGACAUACUGAGACUGAGCAGUUGCCUCAUUCUGUAGACAUACUGAGACUGAGUAGUUGCCUCAUUCUGUAGACAUACUGAGACUGAGUAGUUGCCUCAUUCUGUAGACUUACUGAGACUGAGCAGUUGCCUCAUUCUGUAGACAUACUGAGACUGAGUAGUUGCCUCAUUCUGUAGACAUACUGAGACUGCGUAGUUGCCUCAUCUCUUAGGCGUUUUAAACAUGGUAGUUGAACUUUUUUGUAUUGACAAGUUAAAGUAUAGAGCCUUCUGACUAGAGAGCUCUAAAUUGAUCUGUCUAUAAUCUCCGUGACACAGUUUUCUUGAUCCAUUACAGUGUUUACUGUACGUCCUAAACCUCCUCCUACUGUUUUAGUGAAAGUCAUAGUCAGCACACUAGAGACUUCUGUAGUCAGCACACUAGAGACUCCUGUAGUCAGCACACUAGAGACUCCUGUAGUCAGACUUAAGUCUGAGUUUUUUUGUUGUUGUUGUUUAAUUCCAAUACUGCCGAGCUAUUUUGUUUUCUUCUUCAAGUUGUAGAGUAAUUUGUUGUUGUUUUUUUAUUCGAAAAUUCUCUCUGCGAAAUCUCGUUAAAGUUGCCAGGUUUUACUGUUAGUGUCUGAACGCGCUACUCAAGCCAAAUUUGUAUUUAACCUAACCCUAAGCUUUAUUCAUUUUAAGCACCUUCUCUGCUCGGCCAGUAAACGACUGGCUAUUGUAAAUCAACCGUCUGUCAGAAACGGUUUGGAGAGAGCAGCAGAUCUCGGAAUGUAGCUCCAUCUGACAUUAUGUUUACUGCCUAACUGAUGACAAUAUACAGCAGCCUGCUGGCUGGCGUUUUAAAUUGUCUCAGGCCUGCCUUACCUUUCUUAACACCCCCCCCCUCUUUACACUUUUUUUCUUUUGAUGCGUAUUCUGUGAGAUGUGCAUAAGUAGUUUGUCUAUCUAUCUAUCUAUCUAUCUAUCUAUCUAUCUAUCUAUCUAUCUAUCUAUUUGUCUGUUUGUCUUUGCCUGUCUGUGUAUCUGUCUCUGUCUAUCUUUCUAUCUGUCUUUGUUUCUUUCUCUAUCUAUCUAUCUAUCUAUCUAUCUAUCUAUCUAUCUAUCUAUCUAUCUAUCUAUCUAUCUAUCUAUCUAUCUAUCUAUCUGUGUCUAUCUGUCUCACUCAUUCUAUAUAGAUUUAUAGCCCUGUACGUAUUCGCAGGUAAUUCAGUUUAGGUAUUAUGCCAGUCUAUAUGGACGUAACGCUAUGCCACACAUGGUAAAGGAAGAAGCCGGCAUUAAGUUGUAACCAAAUACAAACCAAAGAAACUGUUGAAUCUCAGUUGUCUCCCUCUCUGUCAUUUAUAGUCUUGGAAAUUAAGUGUGUGUGUGUGUGUAUCAGUUGUGUCCCUCUGUCAUUUAUAGUCUUGGAAAUUAAAUCUGUAUGUGUGAGUGUGUGUGUAUCAGUUGUGUCCCUCUGUCAUUUAUAGUCUUGGCAAUUGGAAAUUAAAUCUCUGUGUGUGUGUAUCAUCCUAUUCGUAGGCACAUUACUCACCCUACCCCCAACCCUUCACACUUUUUUUUUGUUGUUGUUUUUACUUGAAAUGGUUUUAUUUUACUUCGAAAACGAGGCACGUCGAGAAAUAAUAGAAGACAUUCCCGAAAUUAGAAUAAUUUUCCAUUAACUUUGGCAGGUGGAGAACGAAUGGGCUUGCGUGUUUUAAAUAAGUUCUGUUGGUUCAGUGUGUGUGUACAUUCUAAGAUGUGGUUUUUUUUUCUCGCGCCUGUAUUGUUUUAUUUUCAUUUGCCAGACGUGAAUUGCAUUGGUCUCAUUUCGUCUCGUUAGAAAUGAAUGUACAAUAGAAUCUACACACGUGACGUAGGACUAGGGAUGAACUCCUGUCCUACCUCCUUUAGUCAAUCUGGCGAUAAUGAAAUACAGAGAGUUAUGGGACUUGACGUCUAGUUCAGUGUUUCCCAAACUGUGUUCCGCGAGGCCUGACUAGGUGUGUCCACAAACUACUAGAUCUAGACUAAUUAAACAGUAGGCCACUAGAUCUAGACUAAUUAAACAGUAGGCCACUAGAUCUAGACUAAUUAAACAGUAGGCCACUAGAUCUAGACUAAUUAAACAGUAGGCCACUAGAUCUAGACUAAUUUAACAGUAGGCCACUAGAUCUAGACUAAUUAAACAGUAGGCCACUAGAUCUAGACUAAUUAAACAGUAGGCCACUAGAUCUAGACUAAUUAAACAGUAGGCCACUAGAUCUAGACUAAUUAAACAGUAGGCCACCCCGUGAAGUAAUCUCCAUCAAAAAAAAAAAAGCUGUGUUCCGCUAAAUACUCAGAAUGUGCGAAGUGUUCCGUUAAGUUUGGGAAACACUGGUCUUGCUAAAUGGUUGUUGGAAAUACAUUUAGGCUUGUGGUACUAUUGGUAAUUCUUCCUACCUCUACCCUUUCCUUUGUAGAAACUGCCAUAUUGGCCCAUCCCUUUCCUUUGUAGAAACUACCAUACUGGCUUUACUCCAUCCCUUUUCUUUGUAGAAACUGCCAUAUUGGCCCAUCCCUUUUCUUUGUAGAAACUGCCAUAUUGGCCCAUCCCUUUUCUUUGUAGAAACUGCCAUAUUGGCCCAUCCCUUUUCUUUGUAGAAACUGCCAUAUUGGCCCAUCCCUUUUCUUUGUAGAAACUGCCAUACUGGCCCAUCCCUUUCCUUUGUAGAAACUGCCAUACUGGCCCAUCCCUUUCCUUUGUAGAAACUGCCAUACUGGCUUUACUCCAUAUCUUUCCCUUGUAGAAACUGCCAUACUGGCUCAAUGGUCAUCCACGUUCCAUUUUCUUCAUGUUCGGCUGGUUACAAAGAUCCUCAGGGAGUGAUCAGUUGUCGAGUAAUGAUGUCAUUUCACACUCUUUGCAUUUAAGAUCGAAGCCUAGUUUCACACCGAGUGUAACAAAAACAUCGCAAUGUUGUGUCGGGUCGGGUCAUUGUUAAGGCCACUACGUAUCCACUUUUAUGUACCUUUUAAUGGCACUAGAUGUCUUGGUUAUGUCAUUGGGGGGGGGGGAGAGAAAGGAACUACCUGGAUAGAAGAAAUCGUUCGCUUCAUUGAACAAAUAUUUUGAUUGUAGCAUAAGACCGCGUUCCCCUGCCGCACAGGAACUGAAAGAACAAGGGAGGGGGUUGGGCUUAAAACAAAAUCUACAGGUCGAAAGCUGGACUAUCCCGUUGUUUGCUCUGAUGAAACUGCUUCAAACAUUCGCUGAAUUGGUGUCACUUUGUUGAUCUUGCAGUGCCUAGUGCAUGUGUGCCAAUCUGGUGACGCUGAUGUCCCCUUGUGAUUGUCAAUCUGAUGACGCCUGUCACUAUAUCCCCCCCCCUCCCGAUACACGACAGCUGUUCUGCCAUAUAAUAUUGCUGUAACCUCGAUCACCUUUUUUUUUUUUUGGCGUAGAUCCUAUUGAUUUGUUAGAUCGAUUGUUUCAAAUCCGCUUACCCUCCUCUCCCCCAACUGUUUUUUUUUUCCUCUCGUGUCUGCCAGCUGCUAGUCCCAUAAGAGAACACACGUUGGGAGCAGGGAACGAGGGCUGGCCGCUAUUGAGACACAGGAAUCAAUAACUCCGUCGAUAGCCUGUGUGAUACUUUGAGUGCAAACUAACCAGCCGUCCCGCACUUCCUACUGCGUUCUUUGACACAUUUCAUCUCGAUGGAAGCUUAGGAGUCAUGCGUGAUACCGCUAUGCCUGCCAGGGUUCUAGCCACCCCUCCUCCGUCCAAUGCCUCCCCUUAUAUUUACCGCCCUCCCCCUCCAUUUUUUUCUGGUUAAUCAACAUUGUUUGUAGUGAACCUACUCAACAUUGUUUGUAUUGAACCUACUCAACAUUGUUUGUAGUGAACCUACUCAACAUUGUUUGUAUUGAACCUACUCAACAUUGUUUGUAUUGAACCUACUCAACAUUGUUUGUAUUGAACCUACUCAACAUUGUUUGUAUUGAACCUACUCAACAUUGUUUGUAGUGAACCUACUCAACAUUGUUUGUAGUGAACCUACUCACUAUUCGCCGUGAACAUCGCUACAUCGUGGUAUCUUCGUCUACUCACAGCGCCAAACCUGGACACACUGCUAGAACAUUUCUGUCAGUUUAAUGUGGGUGUCGGGUGUGUUCAUUGUGUCUUAACACACAUGUCUGGAUAGCGUUAGAAGUCACUUUGAUCUCCUGACUUCUUUAGAAGUCAUUUCUAUCUCUAAUUUAAAAGUAGAUCUUCUCUAUGUGUCGUGACAUUAUUGUAGGAGUAAGUACCAUAUUUUACAUCUUCUUAAGUAGAUCUACUCCCGCGCCUUCCCACUUUAGAUGUACUUUGUCUUGACAUCUGUUGCUGUAACUUCCAUGCCUUGACCUUUCUAGAACUACACCCGUGUCUUGACAUCUGUUGCUGUAACUUCCAUGCCUUGACCUUUCUAGAACUACACCCGUGUCUUGACAUCUGUUGCUGUAACUUCCAUGCCUUGACCUUUCUAGAACUACACCCGUGUCUUGACAUCUGUUGCUGUAACUUCCAUGCCUUGACCUUUCUAGAACUACACCCGUGUCUUGACAUCUGUUGCUGUAACUUCCAUGCCUUGACCUUUCUAGAACUACACCCGUGUCUUGACAUCUGUUGCUGUAACUUCCAUGCCUUGACCUUUCUAGAACUACACCCGUGUCUUGACAUCUCUAGAGCUGCGUCUACGCCUUGACAUCUUCAGAAUUACUUGUCUAGAACAUCUUCAGAAUUACUUGUCUAGAACAUCUUUAGAAUUACUUGUCUAGAACAUCUUUAGAAUUACUUGUCUAGAACAUCUUUAGAAUUACUUGUCUAGAACAUCUUCAGAAUUACUUGUCUAGAACAUCUUUAGAAUUACUUGUCUAGAACAUCUUCAGAAUUACUUGUCUAGAACAUCUUUAGAAUUACUUGUCUAGAACAUCUUUAGAAUUACUUGUCUAGAACAUCUUCAGAAUUACUUGUCUAGAACAUCUUCAGAAUUACUUGUCUAGAACAUCUUCAGAAUUACUUGUCUAGAACAUCUUCAGAAUUACUUGUCUAGAACAUCUUUAGAAUGGUCUUUUAUGUCUGAUUGGGUUAAAAACGCUGUUGUGUCUUGAGAUUAGAUUAUUUUUUCUUUCAUGUCUUGGCACCAGCGUCAUCAUUCCUCGACCAUGUCAUGGCAUCUGGACACUAGAGGUCAAAUGUUGUUUGGUCGAGUUUAAAAAAUGAAAUGUCCUAGAUGGUUAACUUACACUUUUAAAAGUUUCUGAAAUGACGUGCUCUUCUUGUCAACAAACGUCUAGAUCUAGCUUGUCACAACCCGAUACCUCGCACAAACUCACACUAGUUAUAAGGCAAGCUUCAGCUAUUCUCAACCAGUUUUCUAAAGUGCCAACUUGAAAACAAAAGGUCUGCUACUUUAGACUAAUUGAUUUGUUUAGACCGCCCCGAGCUCUGGUGUGUAUUCUAAAUGAAGGCUAUUGCAGAUCGAUUACCACCAAAUAUUUGAGAUUCUUGAGUAAAUAGUCGAAACUUCUUGGCCGCCAGGAGUUAGGCUCGAUUUUGUUUGUUCUGUUUGAGCUAGUCUAGAUGCCUUUGAAACCGAACCAGUCCAGAAAAGGUUUUCUUUGGAGACUAGUGUGAAACGAACUACCACAGAAGUAAACUUCUUUAUUUAGAGAUUUCAAGGGGGAAGUAAUCUGAAACAAAAAUGUUUGAUUUAGAGGGUAGAUUGUACCAUAGACGAUUGCUCAACAAACUUAAACCAAAAUGAAAGAUCUCAAUAUAUAUAUAGGCUCUAUUUGACCUAAAAACCAAUGCUUAUCUGAUCGUUAUUUGCGUAACUCUUUUCCGAGCUGUCAAAUUCGCCACGAAUCUUAGAAAAAUAAAAGGCUCAUUUCUGUCUUAGAAAAGUAAUGAUCUUAAGUUUUCAAAGUUUAGAAAUAAUGCAAUCCCAUUUUACAGAUUUUAAAAUGAGCUAUCAAUAACAGAACUCUAUAUUUACGCAAAUCUAUGAUAUAAAGCCAUUUCCUUUCAGUUUCCAUGGAGAUAACCGGAUUCUAAGCAUUUCAAGCCUGUUGUUUUUAAUCAUUUUUGAUAUUGUACAUUUAAAUAAUAGAUCACUACCUUCCCAUCCAUACAAUUGAACGGCAUUAUCAUUUAGAUCUAUAGUGUGUCUAUUAUAUGUUACACAUAGACAUAAAUAAAUAUAGACUGGCCAAAGGAAGUAACUUCAUGUAACUUGAAAACAUGUAUAUCUAUUGUAUUCGGAUUUCCGAAUUAUGAAAAAUUGCAUGAUCUUCAUUCUUAGAGAUUAAACAAAACACUAGUGAAAAUCAUAGACAUAUAUAUAUAGACUGGACGAUAAAGAACAAAUUAUUAUCGGAAAUAUUUGGGAAAAGAUAAGUGUGUAGAUCCACAUCACAAACCUAUAUAUAUUUGCCUAUGUCUAUGAUUAUAAAACAAAGACAAAAUAUUGGGAAUAUGGCAGUUUUGCACUUUUCAAAACUAAAGAUCAAAGGUAUAUAUUGGCUGAAAUGUUAGUCCUAAAAUUUAUAGCUCAAUCGCCGCCAUUUUUUUUUCACAUAGAUAUAGUACAUAAAACAUAUUGACUUCCCCCAAAUAAAAAUAACUUCCUACUUCCAGUCUAUAUUUAUUUAUGUCUAUGGUGAAAAUAGUGUAAUACUUAUAUAGGUUAUGAAAUAAAUAUGAAUACUUAACUUUUAUACUGCUAAUAAAUGCUGUAUAAUAAAGUACACAAAAUUGCAAGUCACAAAUUUUCGUUUCAUAAAACUCUUUAAUCGGCCAGUCUAUAUUUAUUUAUGUCUAUGAUGUUACAUGUUUAAAAAAAAACAACAAAAAAAAACUUUGCUUCUUAUAACUACUUUAGAAAACAAUGCCUUGUUUCAGCUUUUUAAAGUUUUUCAUUACAUUGUUGUGUAGCGUCAAGAGAUUUCCAUAUCCAGUCUAGGUAUAAUAUAUAUAUAUAUAUAUAUAUAUAUAUAUAUAUAUAUAUAUAUAUAUAUAUAUAUAUAUAUAUAUAUAUAUAUAUAUAUAUAUAUAUAUAUAUAUAUAUAUAUGUCUGUGGUUUAAAUAGUGAGGCUCUGAAACAUAGUGAGAAAGUUUGGUUCUGAGAGUAGCGAGUACCUCUAAAGAGAAGUAAAAAUGUUUGGUCCAGAGAGUAGAUUACAGGAAAUAGAAUCUAGCCUACUUCCUUCUGAGACUGAAGCCACAUACAUAGUUCAGUGUUCUCAUCUUUUGUUUUAACUUAGUCAAGCUGUGCUGUUAAAGGUCAUCCUCCCAUCCCCCUGCACGCUCUCUCCGCCCCUUUCUCUCCUCCCCCCCCCCCCGCCAUAGCCCAACAUAAACCUUCAAAAUUUGUGUUUAUUGUACGUGGUGGAAGAAUAUCAGGAUGGAAGGGGGGGAAAACACACGGGUCAGACGGAGGUGUGUACUAUUCGUUUCCUCUCUCUCUCUCUCUCAUUCUCUCUAUUCUUUCUAUCGCAACACCGCUAUCCAUUAUUUUUUUAGGAACACGUCUGUGCUGAGGCAGACAGGAGGGCGUUGAGUCCGGGAAGAGUAGGGAGGGGGAGAGAGGGCGGCUCAGCCCUAAACAGACUUAACAGCUUAUUGUUGGAUUCUACAAGUGAUAGCCGUUGGCAUCACUACUGAUCGUCUCCCGUGAUUCUCUUGUAUUCCUGAACACAGUUCCCUACAACUGAAAGCUUACGUCUCUCGUGAUUCUCUUGUAUUCCUGAACACAGUUCCCUACAACUGAAAGCUAAUGUCUCUCUUGAUUCUCUUGUAUUCCUGAACACAAUUCCCUACAACUGAAAGCUAAAGUCUCUCGUGAUUCUCUUGUAUUCCUGAACAGAGUUCCCUACAACUGAAAGCUCACGUCUCCCGUGAUUCUCUUGUAUUCCUGAACAGAGUUCCCUACAACUGAAAGCUAAUGUCUCCCGUGAUUCUCUUGUAUUCCUGAACACAGUUCCCUACAACUGAAAGCUCACGUCUCUCGUGAUUGAUUCAUGUUUUAUUCCUAAACAUAGCACUUGAAAGCUACCUCACCCUCCCCUAUAAGAUGUCCAGUAGUCAUUCCGUAGACGACUUAAUUGAUGCAUUCAUUCUGAAAAUUGGAAAACGAAUGAUGGUUGGGCUUAUAUCAGAAGUUAUUGUUUAAUUAUCUCAAGACCAAUUAGGAAAUAGAAAAUAAUGCACCCCGAGAGUACAAAUCUAAAGUGUUCGUGACGCACAUCGUAUCCAUGUAGUCCCUAGAGAAACCCCAACAAAUGUGGAGUUGGAGGACUGGGAGAGAGAGUAUUGGAACAGUGUAAACUAUUUGGAGAAUGUAGAACACAAAAUAUUAUGUAAUAGUUUAACUUUUGGGUUAGAGGAUAUUCGUCCUCUCUUCUUCCACCUCGUCUGACAUUUUGGCACGCAGCCACUGCUGUGUUUGGUGCAACUUCUCGUCUACGAUUUCCUUGACUAGAUUAGUGGAGGCUAACCUCAACCAGCAUCCAGACAUUUAUUUCUCUCCUCUAGUCGAAUCUGUGCUGCAGAUACCACAGACAUGAGAAGAUGGAUGUUCAGGUUUUGUUUACUUGAUUAAUGACUCUUUUUUUUUUCUUUUGGUUUCUGUAUGUUCCAUCUUUUAAGUAUUUUUUUUUUUUAUUUUUAGAUCACCGCAUCCCACUAUGCCUUCCUUCCCCCUCAUCUCAAGCUCGCCGCCCCACCCCAUCCCUGUUCCUCUACUCCCUGCUGUUAUAAUCUUUUGUUGAUCCCAAAGUUGAGCUAAGAACGUUAUCCGAAUGAGACAGUUGAUGAAUGGGCUUAGCGAUAAUAAUGUCCACGAGACAGUAGAUAUCUAGAGAGCAAUGCCAGGAUAGGGCUUCAUAGGUUCAAUUUUAAAACAAAAUGGAAUACUUGAUUGCAGGUUUCUUAGUUCUAAGUGAAAGUGUUUUUCUUUUAGUCCCAAGUGAAAGGGUUUUCAGUUCUAAUUUGAAGUGAAAAGGUUUCUUUGCUAUGUGAACUAGGUUCUCAAUGCUCUUUAGGAAGAGGUACUAUUGUUCUAUGUGAAUGUGUAUUGAUACAUGGUGUAGCACACAUUGGCUACUUUCUAACAGAGGCAAUACGCAACAUUAUUUUUAAAGUCAUAAUCUUUUUAGAGCUAUACUUAUCACUAUAGCAAUCAAUACAUAGUCUGAAACGAGAUUACAUUUUUGAACUAGACUGGUACGACACAUCCUCAACGGACAUGGCUUUACUUGCUAAUUGGAUUUCAUCUGGCCCAGCUAGUUCUUUAAUCUAAGGGAACUAACUUGGCUUCAUCGGUCAGUUGGAGCUCUUCUGACUUUAGAAAUGAGUUUCACAGUGCUGUCCACGUAAGAAGAACUCGUCAUGUUGUACAAUGUCAUACAUUGAAGCAUGGACUAGUACAUAGUAUAGGGCUCCUUCUGGCUCUGAAGACAAUGGAUGCGCUGAGAAUAACUCGUCAUGUUGUACAAUGUCAUACAUUGAAGCAUGGACUAGUACAUAGUAUAUGGCUCAUUCUGGCUCUGAAGACAAUGGAUGCGCUGAGAAUAGCUCGUCAUGUUGUACAUUGAAGCAUGAACUAGUACAUAGUAUAGGGCUCCUUCUGGCUCUGAAGACAAUGGAUGCGCUGAGAAUAGCUCGUCAUGUUGUAUAAUUUCAUACAUUGAAGCAUGGACUAGUACAUAGUAUAGGGCUCCUUCUGGCUCUGAAGACAAUGGAUGCGCUGAGAAGAGUCACUGAUUUUGGUUUCGUCUUGAGAUUGGAGAAGAAUCUGGUGUGGCUAAGCAAGCCAAUUCUGGAGCGGCAGAGUUUGCCACAGUUCGUGCAUGUGUAUGCAUCUGUUUUAGGGCUAGCUGAUUGGGCAGCUUUCUUUUUUUCUCUCUUGACUAAGACCGCUUCAUUUCUUUUGCUCUCGGAGAGGUUCGUUCCAGCACUCUCAGUCUGUCCCCACGAUGUCCGAUCUUAGACUAUCUCCUCCCACACACUUUCACUGAUACCUGCGUUCUCAUGUCUCGCUUGCAAACAUCUUUAUAGGUUAGUCUUUGGUGGCCCUUGGCGCUGACUCCCUCCGUAAGUUCAGACUCUAGGGAUUCUUCCAUUUGGCAUGCGGGUGACAUAUCCGAGCCAGCGCAGUCUUCUCUGUGUCAGAAGAGCAUAGAUACUAGGCAGUAGUUUUAGGAGUAGGCCAAUUAGUCAUGUUUAAUACAGAUCUGUUUCCUUCGUAACUAAAUGACCCAUGGGGCAAAGUUCACUUGUUUUUGUGGCUAACGUUGAACAAGGGUGUCACCACAACCACCGUCUGUGCAACCACCAACUGCUUCAUAAAUAUCAAGGGUGUCACCACAACCACCGCCUGUGCAACCACCAACUGCUUCAUAAAUAUCAAGGGUGUCACCACAACCACCGCCUGUGCAACCACCAACUGCUUCAUAAAUAUCAAGGGUGUCACCACAACCACCGCCUGUGCAACCACCAACUGCUUCAUAAAUAUCAAUGGUGUCACCACAACCACUGCCUGUGCAACCACCAACUGCUUCAUAAAUAUCAAGGGUGUCACCACAACCACCGCCUCUGCAACCACCAACUGCUUCAUAAAUAUCAAGGGUGUCACCACAACCACCGCCUGUGCAACCACCAACUGCUUCAUAAAUAUCAAGGGUUUUGAACUUUAAAUCUUUUCAGCAAUAAAUCACGUGACACUCGACCACCCCAACCCAUUGAAACCAUAGACCUAAUAUAGGUUUUAGGAUUAGCUACACGUUUCCCCUUAAGUUCUCCUAACUCUGCAGGUAUUACAAGUGUUUCUCACUGAUCUAUAUACACUAGUAGAUGAAGUGUGGCGCGCUUAGUGCUGUCGUCUGCAAUGAUUGCUUAUUAGAGUCAUUAGAAUCAGACAUUAUAAUGAGUUCCAUCAGAAACCGUUUGAAACUAAGACAUUAACUACACACACGGCUUCAUGGAACAUUGCCUGGAACUGCCUCCACACCAGCCCUCCCCCAUCCAUCAUCUUAACCUUUCUGAUGUGUACGUUUUUUUUUUUGUUCAUUUUAAAUCCGGCAGCUUUCCCAAGAACGUGAGUCUGUGUGUAGGAGCGUAGUGAGUACGUGUAGACUUCGGAGUGAGCAGAGUUUGGACAGCGUGUAGUGUGCAUGUGUGUAAGAGAAUUGUGUAAACAGUGUGUCGGAAAUGCCAAGUGCAAAAGUAUGCUCUAAAAUCUAAAUUGAAAGCCUUCACUGACAAACUCCCUGACCCAGUUUUGUUUUGUUUAUAAAAUUGGACCAUUAGAGUAACUCCCCUUAGCUCGCCAGUCCUCAAGUUAGUAAACAUUGUUGUCACGACUCAGGUCUAGUCUUAGUUUUGGCAAACAGAACUUUGUUUCUCUCCACAAUGCUCCUGGCGUAGUUCUUCAAUUAUUUGAUCAAUGUGACCGUUGUCAACUUUUAAUAAUAUUUCCCACAUUAAAUUCCAAAUAACUUUUUUUUGAGGGGGGAGGGGGGAGUUAGGUUUCAAGGCAUAAAAGGUAUAAUAAAUCUUGAUUUUGCAAAAACGUCGACAGCCAAAAUGUCUAAUGGAAGAUCCCCUGCAAAUAACGGUGUCGGUGGACAACCCUGUUCUAUUGAGCCUGUAACAUUGGCACUUGUUGACGUUUUCAAGAUAAUUUGGCAUGUUUGAGAAACAACUAGAUAGAUCUACAAUGUUACUUUUCAGAGUUGGGCUACAUCUGGAUUACCCAUGGCCACUACAAACAAACACAUUAGACACAUUUUUUAAAUUUUAUUUUUGCUGUUUGCCAAGAACGCGUCAGACUGUCUGACGGUAGAGAAAAAUAAAACUUUUAAAAUAAAUCUCAAUUACCCAAAGUUAAAAUACAAAAUGAAUCUCAAUUACCCAAAGUUAAAAUACAAAAUGAAUCUCAAUCACCCAAAGUUAAAAUACAAAAUAAAUCUGUUUCAAAAAUAUAUAUAAUAUCUCAUUUUUCUCCCAUACUCUUGGCGUCAUCUCUGUGGACAAUAUUCUUAAGUUCACCUAAAACCAGCUAUUAAAUCUGCUAUAACUCUGUAUAUCUAGACUAGCAGUUGACAGUGAUAGUGUGUGCCCGCUUACGAUUUUUGAAAGCGCUACCUCAUUAACAGGCGGUAAUAGGCCUACUAACAUAUUCCUAUGUCUUUGAGCGGAAAGCUAUUAUCUACUUUUAUAUAUAUAGGCCAUGUUGUUUGUUUUUGCAAGGCAUCAAAUAACUUAUCUCUGGUUGUCUAACUUAGCGCCAAUAUGCUGGGUAGGCAGACGAUUUGGAUUGGCAAAACCGGCAUUCCUUGUCAGUGGCAAUCAUCGCUUCCGGUAAGAUCAAUCUAAACCGAUUCCUUUGGUCAAGUGGUGGGUUAAUGAAGUGGUCACUUGAACCUGUCACGUUAAUGAGGUGGUCACUUGAACCUGUCACGCUAACCUGGCGCCAAUCUCCGAAGCACGUGGCUGGUGUAGCUAGUUCCUGUUUAAAAAAAAAAAACUUGCUAAAGGAAGCCGAAUAAACUUGAACUAGUGUGUACUAGGAAAUAAGGAGGUCUUAGGGAAAGGAAACUGUAGAAGGCGUCUAUUCUUACUUCAUUUAGAGCCCUAAUAUAUAUAUAUAUAAUACGCAACUACAGCAUACUCGGUCGUUGUUUUGGCCACGUGACACCCUCGUUGACCGCCAGUCUUAGAAAUAGUUGGGCUUAACAUCACGUGCUCCACGGUUCGCAAGAUCUGAAAGGGUUACCUUACAUUACUUACUGGAGACUACUGUAAGAGUUACAUUACUUUACUUACUGAAGAUUACUGUGCAUGGACAAUGAGCUUAGUUUAUGCACGGAGACCCGGUCUAUUAUUGUUUCGUUAGUUAAUGAUAGCACGUUUAAGAGAGCGUCUGAACUUGCAGAACUAUACAUUCGUCAUCCAUAAGCCCAUAAUCACACAUACACACACGCAUACCCAAUAAUCUUAUAAUUACACACUGAUUCCAACACACUGUCAACCAACCUAUAAUUACACACUGAUUCCAACACACUGUCAACCAACCUAUAAUUACACACACAUAUUCAGACUAUGAACCGCACGACAGCGAACAGCGGUCUAAAAACUGAUGCCAUUUAUGUUGUCAACUCCUAACAAUGCAGCCCCGGGUGGAAUGAAGGGGAGAGAAGAAUGCCUUCGUUGUUUGGCGGCUCCAGCUCUUAAGUCCCCCCUUGGUCUCCAUGUCUUCCUCUUCGUGUGACAGAUGGCCAGUGUUAGUGUCAAGCAGGCACUGGAGAUUGCAGGGACUAUAGGGUUGAACUAGUACACUGCCCCAAUCGAGAGUUACCGUACUUAG